UGAGUUAACCAUCUAAUACUUUCGUUAGUUCACGUUACUAAAGUUACUGCUUGGGCCACGUAGUGUUUCUUUCCGGUAUUAGUUCUUGAGAAGGACAGUCGAACAGUUACGCUUGUCCUGUUUGCUUUGGCAAAAUGACGUCCAAAGUAUCACGUGAUACUCUCUAUGAAUGCGUUAAUGCAGUACUUCAGAAUUCGAAGGACAAGAAGAGGAACUUUUUGGAGACGGUAGAACUACAAAUUGGAUUGAAGAAUUAUGACCCACAAAAGGAUAAGCGUUUCUCAGGCACCGUCAAAUUGAAGAACAUUCCUCGACCAAAGAUGCAAGUAUGCGUAUUGGGCGAUCAACAACAUUGCGAUGAAGCCAAAGCAAACAACAUCCCAUACAUGGAUGCAGAAGCUUUGAAAAAGUUGAACAAGAAUAAGAAAUUUGUAAAGAAACUAGCAAAGAAGUACGAUGCGUUUUUGGCCAGUGAAUCUUUGAUCAAACAAAUUCCACGUUUGUUGGGUCCUGGUCUAAACAAGGCAGGUAAAUUCCCUGGUCUUCUCUCUCACCAGGAAUCCAUGGUCGCAAAAAUUGACGAAGUCAAAGCUACGAUCAAGUUUCAAAUGAAGAAGGUACUUUGCUUAUCGGUGGCAGUAGGACACGUAGAAAUGACUCCAGAUGAAUUAGUACAAAAUGUACAUUUGUCGAUCAACUUUUUAGUUUCAUUGUUGAAAAAGCAUUGGCAAAACGUACGUUCUUUGCAUAUUAAAUCUUCCAUGGGACCUCCUCAAAGAUUAUUCUAAUAAGUUAUUGAUACUUAUACACGAUGAAUGUAAAACGCAAUAAAACAAAUGAAAAAAAAAAAUA